UCUCUCCUGUUUGGGGCGAAUUUAAUUGAUCUGGGAAACCGCUACUGGUCUAAGGUAAUUUUUUCCUGAAUUCACGGAAAAUAGUAUUUUCCUAGAACCUUCUUACUCAAGGACAUAUCAUUUCAGGAAAAGAAAAAAAAAUCAGAGUCAUUAUCAUUGCAUUGUUGUGGACGCAGUUCGGAGGAGGGAAUGGAUGCAAGCGAGCAAGCAGAGGCGCACCGAGGCAGCUAUCAGACAGAGCCAGCUCCUCUGUGAUGCAGCUGUUUAUCCCGUGGAAAACCCAGGACACCCGACGACCGCUCUUAAAACGUUAACAGGCGAGAAAUCAGCGGCUGAUUGUUAUUCCACGCGUGUUGGGAUUUGCUCGGGAAGAAGAGACGCGAAAGCCAUGUAGCCGGUCUGUUCUCUGAACCGCUUUUAUUUUCUAAUUCCUUGUCUUCUUCGUAGUGGUUUAUUUUCUACCUUUUCAACCGUGAUCUGUUCCCGCAGAGCUGCACACUAUUUCUGCUGUUUGUGCUAAGCUUGGAAGCCAGAUAUCAACUCGAUAAUUUUACAGAAGUGUGCAGGAGAGAACAGCGCUGGCAUCUUUCCAUGCGCGCUUUCAUCGUCAUUAUUAUUAUUAUUAUUAUUAUUAUUAUUAUUAUUAUUAUUAUUAUGGAACUGUGACCCCAAACGAAGCAGCAUACAACGCAUGCUUCUCCCACAUUCACUUUUUACAGGUGUUUUCAGUUAAGAACUUUGUAUUUUGAGGAUUGUAAAAUGCUCUAAAUGUCGAGCAAUUUUGCCGGCUGUCAGUGACGCAACAUCUCACACAGACUGCAUGAGAAAUACAUGCGUAGAAGGGCGUGAACUUGCGGCCACUAACCUCCUCCUCAUUAAUAAAGCAUCUGCUUAUCUACAAAGCCACUUUGCUCUUUUUGCGACCUCACACCCAUCAUUCAUCUAAACUCAUCUCGGGGACAUAAUGGAUCUUAAAGCGGACUCAGAGGACAUGGACUACAGGCGGCCGGCUCCCAUUGAAGUUUUCGCCGCCAGAUCCACACUGCAUGGCAUCUCGCACAUGUUCACUUACAAGCGGAUGUAUAUCAAGCGCACCCUGUGGAUUUUGUUUUUCUUGGCCUCCGUGGGUGUGCUGGUGAUGGUGUGCGUGGAUCGGGUGCAGUUCUACUUCGAGUACCCCCAUGUCACCAAGUUGGAUGAAGUGGCGGCUUCACUGAUAAUAUUCCCUUCGGUAACCUUCUGCAACCUCAACUCCUUCCGUUUCAGCCGGGUGACACGGAACGACCUGUACCACGCUGGGGAGUUCCUUGCCUUGCUCAACGGCAGGUAUGAGAUUCGGGACCCACACCUGGUGGAGGAAAAUGUCCUGCAAAUCCUAAAGGAGAGAGCGGACUUUGACAGCUAUAAGCCUCGGCCUUUCAACAUGCGUGAAUUUUAUGACCGGACAGGCCACGACAUUAAGGACAUGCUGCUUUCCUGCUCAUAUAGAGGGGAGGAAUGUGCAGCUGAAGACUUCAAAGCGAUAUUCACGCGCUAUGGGAAAUGCUACACAUUUAAUUCAGGCAAAGAUGGAAAACCGCUGCAGGUGACGACGAAGGGUGGGAUGGGCAAUGGCCUGGAGCUGAUGUUGGAUAUCCAGCAGGAUGAAUACUUGCCUGUCUGGGGAGAGACUGAUGAGACAUCGUUUGAAGCAGGGAUCAAAGUUCAGAUCCACACCCAAGAUGAGCCGCCGUUCAUAGACCAGCUGGGCUUCGGAGUGGCGCCGGGGUUUCAGACGUUUGUCUCCUGUCAGGAACAACGGCUGACAUACCUGCCUCCACCAUGGGGCGACUGCAAAUCCACACCGAUGGAUUCUGACUUUUUCAGCAGUUACAGCAUCACGGCCUGCAGGAUCGACUGUGAAACACGAUACUUGGUGGAUAACUGUAACUGUAGGAUGGUUCAUAUGCCCGGAAAUGCCCCAUACUGCACCCCGGAGCAGUACAAGGAGUGUGCAGAUCCUGCCUUGGACUUUCUUGUCGAGAAAGACAAUGACUUUUGUGUGUGUGAGACGCCGUGCAACUUAACACGUUAUGGUAAAGAGCUGUCCUUUGUCAAGAUACCCAGCAAAGCAUCGGCCAAGUACCUUGCCAAGAAAUAUAACAAAACUGAGCAGUACAUAGCUGAUAACAUUCUGGUUUUGGAUAUCUACUUUGAAGCGCUGAACUACGAAACCAUCGAACAAAAGAAAGCCUAUGAAUUGGCAGGCCUUCUGGGUGAUAUUGGUGGUCAGAUGGGUCUCUUCAUUGGGGCCAGCAUCCUCACCAUUCUUGAACUCAUUGACUAUCUAUAUGAGGUGAUCAAAUACAAGGUGUGCCGGUGCAUGAAGAAGAAACACAAAGGCCGCAAAAACAAUGACCGGGGAGCUGUGCUGAGCCUGGAUGAUGUGAAACACCAUGCUCCUUGUGAGAACCUGCGUACACCAUCAACGUAUCCUGGCAAUAUGCUACCUCAUCAUCCAGGCCAGGGUAACUUUGAAGACUUCACUUGCUGAGCAGAACCCAGGUGAAAGUGUGUGUUAUGCAACCAAAGCCACCAUACAACGACAACUGUCCAACGCAGGGAGGGCGAGGAACUGAUACUAAUCUAACAGAUGCACUUUUUACAUGAAAACUGAGGAAAAUGGACGAAUCAAUCGUGACAAAGAAUUUGUCAGAGGAAGUCCUAAAUGUUUAAAAAAAAAAAAAAUCUGUAAUUUUUCCGGAGAACAUUUCAUGCAGCACUCUUCUGUGUUUUUCCUCUGGAUUACUGCCGAAAAGGAGAAACCUUGCCAACAUGGACCUCUCUUUCAAAAGACAAAAAAAUAAAGAAAUAAAUAAGGGAAAAUGUACAGUUAUCUCACCAUAGACAGUAGAUCAGAAAAAAGAGCCCCCAUGCCUUUAUAUAGCACAGCAACACAUGAUGGUUUCACACAACACCGGCUUGCUAGUGUGACGAAUAUUCAUACUGCUUACUCCACAUGUAGCAACAUCUAGAACUGUUGCAGUGCUUCAUAAAACAACCGCUGGACUCUGUGUACUUUGUUUGCGAAUGUAUCUUUGUUCACAAUGAGUGUAGUUGCGUGUGCAGGAAAUACUUUCAGGGGGUUGCGAUGUAAGUGGAGGUGGCGACGGUGGUAGAGGUGCAUCAUCUACCAUUUAAUGUACUGGUGAAGAUUUCAGGUCUCAUCAUGUAAAUGCAUGCUUGUAUUUGUCCAGUGCAUGUUUUUUUUCAUAUCAUUUCUAAUUUUGAUUGAUUUUUUUUUUUAUAUAUAGACUUAUAUACAUUUAAUCAUUAUAUUUACCAAGUCUGCCUCAUUUACAGAAACAUGACAAUGAUACAUGCCAUAUAUUCCUGUGUGCGUUUGUGUGUGUGAAGGGACAGUGUUGCAACAUUAGGUAUGUUGAGUGUUUUGUUGAUUGCACAAAUGGAUGAGCUGCACCUAAUUUCAUUUCUUAUGAUUUUGUUUUGUUUUUUCAUUCUUUCACUUCUUUUUCAUUUUCACAUGUGACCACGGGAUGAAGUGAGAAGGGUUUUUCUGUUCUUUGUUUCUUUGUUUUGUUUCCUAAUGAUUGAUUGCUAAAAUCCUUGUGUGGGGUUGUUACAUUUUUUUUUCUGUAUCUGUGUUAGUUGCAAAAGUCUUAUCAAAGCACAAUACCGCCAGUAUGUAGAGGUGAUGUAAAAGAAAACGUACUAUUCUUCUUGAUAUAUUGUCAUAUUAUUAAUAUCGUGUUGAUCCGACUGUUUUUGAUUGUUUCUUUCUUUCAUAUAAAACACUCAGCAGCGCCUGAUUUUCCUGUCUCCAUUUUCCAGGUAAUAGCCUGGUCUAUUUAGUUAUCAAAGCAUAAAUAAAAUGCAGAUAUCGUUUUGGAAAAUUGUUUGUUUUCUUCACUGAAUUUAGUUGUUUCUUUGUUCCUUUGCUUGAACAGGCAAACAGAAACAAAGCAGUGUAUUUUCCAGCUGUAGUUACUGUUUAAAUGUUCAUUUUUUAAUCAUGAGCUGCACUUAGAAAAUCUGAUUAAGCAUUCUGCACUCCAUCCAAGGCAUUUUGCUAUCUCUAUUUCCCCAAUCGACAUGUUAUCUUGUG